AUGGCACUAUACCGCAUAUCAACCCUAUUAGCACUUGUGUUCUUUCUCUAUCAUACCACGGCAUCCGCAAUAAAGAGGGAUGCUGCCAACUCACAGAUUCGGUUUGUGGGAUGCAUGAACAACAAGGUCAGAGCUAUAACGUACAACGACUGGGCUCCCCAACCGGGUCAAAUACCGGACGAUUGGCUUUUAGUUGACGACAAACAAUCAAGCUUUCUUGCAGGCAGUCAGCUGGAAGGCAAUUCCAUAUUGCGCAAAACAAAAUGGAAGGUCCAAACACAGCAACAUGGCUGGGAAAGCGAAACGUUCAAGAGCUUUAUCGGCACCGCAACAUAUGGAAACGAAGGCUUCAACUGUUUCCAGGAUGAUGCACACGCGGUGUUCUUGAAUUUCUUCCUAGGGAAUUGCUACACGGAAAUCUACUGCACACACCAAGAGGCCAGAAAUCUCACCAUCACUGCCUCAACAGACGUCGUGGAACUGGCGACCAAUGUUACAGCCGAAGAAAUCAUCAGCCAUGCACCGGAACGACUUGAAAAACAAAGCAUGAACACAAACCCGGUCAAAAUCGACAAAGCAACGAUACCAUUCUCACCCGGCACCGAGUGCUUCAUCUCCUAUGAGGGCAAAGGAACUAAUGAAGAUCUCAAAGCCCUGAUCAGGGUACUGACGGAAAUCAUUGGCAAAGAGCCAGCUCUAUUCAAAUACGAAGUCGACAAGCACAACGGCGCUUGCGUGUGCCUGAAUCCCAACUCUUGUGUCUGCAAAGACCCAUAUUACACUGGACACCUCACGAUGCCAAGGAAGUAUACCUUGGUAACAACGAACAAUCCGCCGCCUCUCUCGAAUGAGAAUCCUGGCCCGGGCGCAUGGCUGGAGGCCACAGUCUCGUGCGCAUCUCCUACAGAGGAUAGUUCGUUGUGCAAAGCAUUGAAGACGGGAUUGAAAGGGACAGCCCUCAUUCCAGGAGUUAGUCAAGUGUUCGAGUCACUCCUGUGGUCCGCUAAUGUAGCAUGUUCACACUAA